AUGACCUCAUAUCCUCGAGUCCAAUCCUCGGUGUUGACAACUAACGGAUGCUUCUUUAGACGCUCUGCGUUGACUGAUUUCCUUGCUUCAAAUAAUAUCUCCGCCGCCCAGAUCCGCGAUGACUACGACCGACGAGUGGCAGAUAGCGCACGCCAGACUGCACAGGAAGAGCAAGAUGCCGACCUUGACAUGGAAGAGCCUGAAUACGAGCCAACUCCAGAACCGGACUCUCCUGAGGACAAGGCAAAGAAGCGCAAACGGCAACAAGCCAUCGAGAAGAUCAAGAAGAGCAAGGAAUUCGCCCGCCGCAAGGCUCGACGGACCGGAGAACCUGACGAUGACGACGAUGCCCUGGUCAAUGAGAUGAUGCACGAAAAACAACGACCGACUCCUGGACAACUGGACAAUUGCGAGGAUUGUGGCAAGCGUUUCACCGUCACGCCUUACAGCAAGACGGGUCCUAGUGGAGGCCUCCUGUGCGCAGACUGUUCCAAGAACCACAUCGGAAAGGACAAGAAGGCUCCGCCUAAAAAGCGUAGCUCUGGCAUUGGGCGGCGUCAGAAUCAAAGCGCUCUGCUGGAUGGGCUUGCUUCUCAGGGUGCGCAGAGUCUAUUAGAAACCUGCAUCAAGAAAGUCGCGGAAAACAUCUCCGACGUGGAAGAGUUUGGUGAUCUACCUCCACCAGUGAUGCAUCGCCUCAGCCAGAUUCUAGCCCGAAGACGAGCGAUCACUUCGACGACUUUGGAUCUUUUCCUGCGCCCACAGAACAAAGAGAUUAACAUCUAUGACUGCGCUAAACUCGGUACCGACGACUACCACAAGAUUCUUGCCACAAUGCCAAACCUAACCCGGCUCAACUUGCGAUUCGUGACCCCGAUGAAAGAUCGCAUUUUCCAAUACAUGAUGGAUCGGGAUAUGAACAUUCAAGACUUACACCUCGAUUCACCAAACUUGGUGACCGACGAAGUUUGGCGCCAGCUUUUCACUCGACUGGGUCCGCGCCUUCGGAGUCUGAAACUGUGGAAUCUCGACUCCGCAUUUGACGACGAGACCGCCGAGGUCAUGUCUCAACACUGCACUCAACUCCAGCGUCUGAAAUUGAAGCAUCUCAACAAGAUUGGUGACAAAGCGCUCGAGGCAAUCUCAACGAUGAAGAAUCUACAGCAUUUGUCACUCCAGCUCAGCCAGGAGACCACUCCCGAGCCUCUUCUGCGGAUUUUAACCGAGCUUGGUCCCAAUCUACGAUCUCUUUCCCUGGAGGAAUUCUAUUUUGCAGACGACAGAUUGCUUGAGCUUAUACGGGAGAAAUGCCGACAUUUGACCAAGCUUCGCCUCGCCAUAAACGCAGAGCUCACCGACAAGGCUUUCGCUAACCUCUUCCGCGGCUGGUCCAAUCCGCCCUUGACAUUCGCAGACUUCCACCGCGUACGUGACGUGGACAUGGCCAACCCCGGUGGCCCGCCCGAGCCCGUCGGCCUCGCAUCCGACGGCUUCAUUGCAUUGAUGGAACACUCGGGUGCCAGACUUCAAAGUCUGAAUAUUGCCUCGUGUCGCCACAUUUCAUAUGCAGCCUACGAAGAAGCCUUUGGCGAACACAAGCAAUACCCAGAGCUCAAGUAUCUGGAUAUUGCCUUUAACGGCGUUGUGGAUGACUACUUGGCACAGUGCAUCUUUCGAUGCUGUCCAGCCUUGACAAGACUCGUAGUCUUUGGUUGUUUCAAGAUUCGUGACAUUAAGAUUCCUCGGGGUCUCGCGGUGAUUGGUACAGUAGGUGCCAAGCUCACAAUUGAUGGAAUCACACAGAAGGAGCUGGUCUAG